AUGACUAAAUGCGACAUUAAAGUAACUCAUGUAAUAUUUGAUUUGGAUGGACUGCUGCUUGAUUCGGAAACUAUUUAUACACGAGUAAAUGAAGAACUAAUGCAGAGCUAUGGAAAAAAGUAUACAAUGGAGUUGAAAACUAAAACAACGGGCAUGAAAUUGGAUGAACUAGUAAAUGUGGUGCUUGAACAUGAAGGUUUGACGGGUAAAGUAACAUUCGAAGAAUAUAAGAAGCGGUAUCUCGAACUUUCUGCUAAAUAUCUUCCUGAAUCAAAGUUAAUGCCUGGGGCGUUGCGACUGGUAAAACAUUUCGCCAAACAUAAUGUUCCGAUGGCUUUAUGUACUGGUUCAAGUACCUUCGAAUUUGACUGCAAAAUGAAGAAUCAGGGAGAGCUCCUCAGUUUGCUGAAAAUUCGGGUAAGAAUGUUUAUAAUUUUUGCACCGUGUAAAAUGCGUAAAUCAAUCAUUUAUACCUUAGCAAAAAAAAAAAACGAAUUUAUUAAGUAAAA